GCCUGGGGGCCACGGUGGCCCAAGAGGAGUGGCCCGUCUCCAAUCUGCCCCUGCCGUGUCUCUGCACCCCGUCCACUGAACGCCAGUGAGCCUCAGAACACAGGGAAGUCACCCAGACAUCCCCUGGUAUGCCACAGUUCUGAGUGGGAGGCCGGAGAGACCCCAACUGCCUUGCCCGGCCUGGUGUCAAGAUGCUGAGUUGGAAGCUCCCUAGGCUGUUCCGUGUAGAUCAGGUGCCUCAGGUGUUCCAUGAGCAGGGCAUCCUCUUUGGCUACCGACACCCACAGAGUUCCGCCACUGCCUGUAUCCUCAGCCUUUUCCAAAUGACCAAUGAGACUCUCAACAUCUGGACGCACUUGCUGCCCUUCUGGUUCUUUGUGUGGAGGUUCGUGACUGCACUGUAUAUGACAGACAUCCAGAAUGACAGCUACUCGUGGCCUAUGCUCGUGUACAUGUGCACCAGCUGCGUGUAUCCCCUCGCAUCCAGCUGUGCACACACCUUCAGCUCUAUGUCCAAGAACGCCCGGCAUAUCUGCUACUUUCUGGACUAUGGUGCUGUCAACCUCUUCAGCCUGGGCUCCGCCAUUGCCUACUCUGCAUACACGUUCCCUGAUGCACUGAUCUGCAGUACCUUCCAUGAAUGCUACGUAGCCCUGGCCGUGCUGAACACCAUUCUCAGCACUGGUCUCUCCUGCUACUCCAGGUUUCUUGAACUCCAGAAGCCCCGGCUCUGUAAGCUGCUCCGGGUCCUCGCCUUUGCCUACCCCUACACCUGGGACUCACUUCCCAUCUUCUACCGGCUCUUCCUGUUCCCAGGAGAGAGUUCAAGAAAUGAAGCCAUCUUGUAUCACCAGAAGCACAUGGUCAUGACCCUCCUGGCCUCUUUCUUGUACUCUGCUCACCUGCCGGAGCGACUGGCUCCUGGACGCUUUGACUACAUCGGUCACAGUCACCAGCUGUUCCAUGUGUGCGUGAUCCUGGCCACACACUUGCAGAUGGAAGCCAUCCUGCUGGAUAAGACUCUAAGGAAGGAGUGGCUUUUGGCCACCUCCAGACCCUUCUCCUUGCCCCAGAUAGCAGCAGCCUUGCUUCUGUGCAUUGUCUUCAGCCUCAGCAACAUUAUUUAUUUCUCAGCUGCUCUCUAUCGGAUCCCUGAGCCUGAAUUACAUGAAAAGGAAACGUGAUUUACAACACGCCAGGCGUCAGUGUUAAGUCACUGGUGUGGUGCCGGCUUACCGUGGCCAAAAGUAUUUGUAGUGACUGAUGUCUUGACGCUUUUUAAUGGGCUCGUAUCAAAAAAAGCAUCUAACCUGGGGAGAGUUCUCCACACAUGCACUGAUUCUGUAAGUGUUCUGUAAAAAGGAGAAGAACAUGGGCUUAAGUCCUGGACAACGCAACUUAUUGAAAUACUAAGUUUUAAACUUAUUUAAAACGGAGUGUUUAGGAGAUGGGGAUGCAGCUCAGUUGGUAAAUACUUGCCUACAAUAUACAAAGGCCUGUUUUUGUUUGGUUGGUUUUGGCUGUUUUUAUUUGUUUGAGAUAAGGUCUCACUAUGUAGCUCAGGCUGUCCUGGAAUUUACUGUGUAGACCAGGCUGGCUCCUGACUCCUCAGGGCUGAGAUUAUAGGCAUGUGUCAUGUACCACUAGACUAAGUCCCUGGUUUUGCUCCUUAGUGAAGCAGGAACCUGACCUGAUGGUGCAUACCUAUAAUCCCAGCACCAGAGGAGUAGAAUCAGAUGACCAGAAGUUCAGAUACUUAGUGAUUUGAGACCAUCCUUGGAUACAGGAGAUUCUGUCUCUAAAAAAAUACAGUUCUCAAUUUAAAGUCGAAUUAAGCAUAUUGUCCUGCCCUGCCCCCCCCCCUUUUGCGACAUGGUUUUUCUGUAGCUUUGGAUUUGGAGCCUGUCCUAGAACUCUGUCUGUACACCAGGCUGGCCUUGAACUCACAGAGACCUGUCUGCCUGCUGGGAUUAAAGUCGUGAGCCACCACUGCCUGGCUGCCUUUCUGAUUUUUAUAUUAAUGUUUAAAAUUAAAUUGGCUGCAUUUGAUAAAUUCUGUA